UGGUCAAGAAGAUGUCCUUGCCGGAGAGUGCCAAGGACUUGGACGCUAGGUCCAUGCCGCGAGUGUUGUCGGACAACUUGUUCGUCGAGAGCACCUCCGGCCUCACUGAACAAGAAGUGCGGAGCGCAGUGAGCACGUGGCUUAGUGUAGAGGACGAUGAAGAGGUCUUGAGGGAAGAGGUAGAACUCGAGAUGGAAGAGGUAACGGAGAACAUGUCAAGAGUACACGUCGAAGACGACGUGUCCAGUGAAGAGGAAGACCAGGACGGUAGGCAAGAGUCGUGCGUGACAUCUACGAUUUCAGAGGCCGAGGUUCGCCCUCGUCUCGAGGAUGUCCGCUCCUAUUUGUACGCGAACGGAAGAGACGGCGAGUACAGCGAAACGGUGUACCUUCUUUCGAAGACUGUGCAUUCGUUCACUCAUGAAACUCAAGUCAAGCGAAGAACGAAGGAGGGGGGUGAGGUGCAGGCGACUCUUCGGGAUGUGUGGGCGACGUAGUUUUUGGUGUUUGAGGACAACACACUUGGCAGCCCACAUUCAUUGUUUGGGAUUUUUUUGCCUUUCUCGUGGAGUUAAAUUUUGGCAUUUUUUGUUUUGUGUUUUUGCCUCGUGUUGACCUUUGGGGAAGAGCGGUGUUCUCUUUUCGGUGGGUUUGCCCGAUUUUCUGUAUGUUGUGGUCUGCGCUACCGACCGUUUCCUAGUGUCCCUCAGGUCCCUCUAAGGGGUCGACUGGGUUUGUUUGGUCCCUAUGUGGCAGGGAACUUGCGUGUAUCGUAUCAGAGCUAGUUCCAACAAACUGAUGUGUCUCAGGUGUGUUCGCGAUAUCACGGGCAUGAUGUUCACCGUGAGGACAACGCCUUGACAAUAAGAAAAGCCUACAACAACACCAGCGCACACUGCCGUACACAUUACAAUAGGUCGUGCUGUACUCCUUCCCGCGUUUCGGUGGUGGAGGGAAAUUCAAAAAUGUGUACAGUAUUGGAGUACAGCAGCAGUAGUGUUGCGGCCUUCAAUUGACGUGUUGUCGCAGUUUUUAAGCAGCACAAUUUCGUGGUCGCAUUCCUGCUUCAAAUGCGCGUAUUUUGACACAUGUUACACCUCCAUUGACCCCGGGGACGGUGAGUUAGUGGCCCCGGAAUCCUAAAGACACUUCCCCGCGUUAAAGACACUAAAAAAAAAACGCGGUGUGUCUUUAAAGCGGGGUCGACUGUAUAUUAAUGUUAUACUUGGUAUUCGGGUUCUAUUUAUGACCCAAUUACCCAAUCCAAUGCAGAGCGAUGUGGCUCUACACUAACGGUUUUUGUGCUAGGUUCGAGGUUCUUGUCAGUGGGUUGCUCUACGUCUCGGACGGAUGUCGCCGUAGAUGCUAGUGCAAAGACUCAAAGACCGGGGAUGAUGGAUGAUGCUUUUGAAGAGGAAACUUUGUCGUUGAUCCUGCUCGCUGCUGCACUCAACUCAACUGACUCAAGCCGAUCAACACUGCUGCUGCUCGACCGUACUUCUGCACUCCCUUGCUGGAACCAACCACCGCUUCGAACUCUGUCAACGCACUGGUAACCGGAUACUCAAGCUCGCCUUCUGCUCCUUGCCCUGGUAG